AAACUUCACCAGAAAAAUCCUCACACUUUUGUAUCUAUAAUAGAUAGAAACUAAGAAUCUUUUGAAAGAGAGAGAAUUGCGAUGGAGAACGGUGGCAUGAAAACCAAACAAACAAACAAAUCCUCUCUGCAACUCCACCAAGCAGCCGCUCCGGCGGCGCCGCCGCAGACGCGGCUGUGGAAGAUCAUAAUGGUGGCGGCGAUCGCCGCCGGCGUCCAAUUCGGGUGGGCCAUCCAGCUCUCGCUCCUCACCCCUUACGUGCAGCUCUUGGGCAUCAAGCACCAAUACGCCCCCUUAAUCUGGCUCUGCGGCCCUAUCUCCGGCAUGAUUGUGCAGCCCAUGGUCGGCUAUUACAGCGACAACUGCACCUCCCGCUUCGGCCGCCGCCGCCCCUUCAUCGCCGCCGGCGCCUCCCUCGUCACCAUUGCCGUCUUCCUCAUUGGCUUCGCCGCCGACAUCGGCCACGCCUCCGGCGACCCCGUUGGCAAAAUGAUUAAGCCACGCGCUAUUGCUGUUUUCGUCGUUGGCUUCUGGAUUCUCGACGUCGCAAAUAAUAUGUUACAGGGCCCAUGUAGAGCAUUACUGGCGGAUCUGUCCGGCGGGAGAGCGAAGAGGAUGAGAACGGCGAACUCAUUCUUCUCCUUCUUCAUGGCGAUCGGAAACAUCCUGGGUUACGCCGCCGGCUCGUGGUCCGGCCUCCACAAAGUGUUUCCGUUCUCGAAGACCAAAGCCUGCGACGUUUACUGCGCCAACCUGAAGAGCUGUUUCUUCAUCUCCGCCGCUCUGUUACUGUCCCUCACUACCCUGGCCCUGAGCACGGUCCGCGAGCACGAGCUUUCGAAGGAGGUGGACGAAGUAGACGACGACGACGAAAAGUUGCCGUCGGAGAAAUCGAAGUUGCCGUUCUUCGGGGAAAUAUUCGGCGCUCUGAGGGACCUCCCGAGGUCCAUGUGGAUCCUGCUGCUCGUCACGUGCCUCAACUGGAUUGCAUGGUUCCCUUUCUUCCUCUUCGACACGGACUGGAUGGGCAAGGAGGUGUACGGCGGGAACCCCGACGGGAAAGCUAGCGACGGCCGCCUCUACGAGCAGGGCGUCCAGGCGGGCUCCUUGGGGCUCAUGCUCAACUCGGUGGUUCUCGGCGUUAUGUCCCUCGUCGUGGAGCUCAUCGCGCGGCGAUUUGGCGGCGUUAAGAAGCUCUGGGCUGGCGUCAACUUCAUCUUGGCCGCUUGCUUGGCCCUCACCAUUUUGGUCACCAAAAUGGCCGACAAAUCUCGCCGCUUCGCCCCCAACGGUGAUCUCAUGCCACCCUCCGCCGGAGCCCGGGCCGGAGCUUUAACUCUCUUUUCCGUUCUCGGUAUCCCUCUUGCGGUGACUUACAGUAUUCCAUUCGCCCUUGCUUCUAUCUUUUCAAGUAGUACCGGCUCUGGCCAAGGUCUUUCUCUAGGAGUUCUGAACCUUGGGAUUGUGGUGCCACAGAUGUUCGUUUCAUUAGUGGGUGGACCUUGGGACCAGUUGUUUGGAGGUGGGAAUUUGCCAGCAUUUAUAGUAGGGGCAAUUUCGGCAGCACUGAGUGGGAUAUUCGCCAUCACAUUGCUUCCAUCUCCUCCACCUGAUGCUAAGGCUGGGGUCCCUGUGGCUGCUUUCCAUUGAUGAGAUGAUCCCAGUUUGGAAAAUUAUGAAUGUUUUUCCUUUAUUGUCCUUAGCUUUUGGGUGGAUGUAUUUCUUUUUUUUCUCUUUUUUCAUACUUUUUUUUUUGGGUUUCUAGAAAUCAUAAAUACCAUAUAAAUGGGGUCAUGUUUAGUUAAGUUCAAUGUUGCUAAUUACCCUCAAGCUAGUACUUGUUCCCAUCAAGGAUGUGGCCAGCUUGACUGGUGGGUGAGAUGCUAACUUAUUUCAAGCAAGCAUAUCUCACAAGCAAAGAAUUUUAAUGCUACAAAAAACUUUAAUAUAUACAUCUUUUUAAGUC